UGGCGGUUGUAUGUGAAUUUGCUGUGUAUCUAGUUUUAUGAUUUUUAUUUAUUUUGUUACGACUAUAAAUAUUCAAUCGUGCGAAAGUAUUUUUGUACGAUUUCUUUUUUAUUUUGCACGCGUGUGGUUUCAAGUGGCGUGAAAUAAAAGUUGAGAUCGAUUCGAAAAGGUGAUGUCGACGAUAGGUUCAACCCGAAUGGAUCGAUAUCGGUGACUUGGAGUUUGGUUUUUAUUUGCGUCACUGAAGGGUGGUUGAAGAUGGAGAAGUCAGCACGACCACGGACGGCUCUGAAUGAGUGUGUCAAGGUGGUGGUGCGAUGCAGGCCCCUCUCUGACAAGGAGAAACAUGAGGGUUUCGAUGAGGUAAAGAAGAGAGAGAAGUAUCGCCCGGAGCAGAAAUGGUACGAGCGGCUCUCCUCAAAGUCCUCGGCCGACAGUAAGACCGCUAACUCUCCGUUGCAGGUGGUGAAGGUGUGGGCGGAGCGCGGCGCCGUGCAGGUAUACAACCCGAAGGGCCAGGACAAGCUGUUCACGUAUGACGCUGCCUACGACUGCACGGCCGACACGCAGACCAUCUACGAUGAGAUGGUCCGGCCCUUGGUCGCGUCCGUCCUGGACGGCUUCAACGGCUGCGUGUUCGCGUACGGACAGACGGGCACGGGCAAGACACACACCAUGGAAGGCACGGCGGACCACGAGGGCAUCAUCCCGCGCGCCUUCCGCCACAUCUGGGCUCACAUCGAAAACACGGCGUCGCCCGACGUCACGCACCUCGUGUCGUGCUCCUACGUGGAGUUGUACCUCGAGGACGUGCGAGACCUGCUGUCCAAGGACCCCAAAAAGCUCACUAUUCGGGGACAGGAAUUAAACGGCUUCUACAUCCCCGAGAUGACGUCGGUGGUGUGCAAGUCAGCCGCAGAGAUGGUCCGCGCGAUGCGGGCCGGCAACCGCAACCGCGCGGCCGGCCGCACCGACAUGAACGAACACUCGUCCCGCAGCCACGCGGUCUUCCUCGUCACCGUGGAAACCGCACAUCGCGAUACCAACCGCAUACGCGUGGGCAAGUUGAACCUGGUGGAUCUGGCGGGCAGCGAGCGGCAGCGUAAGACGGGUGCGGGCGGCGAGCGGCUGCGCGAAGCGGCCCGCAUCAACCAGGCGCUGUCGUCGCUGGGCAACGUCAUCUCCGCGCUGGCCGAGAACAGUCCUCACGUGCCCUACAGAGACUCGAAGCUGACUCGUAUCCUGCAAGACUCGCUUGGCGGCAACAGUAAAACGAUCAUGAUCGCUAAUAUCGGCCCCGCCUCCUACAACUACGACGAAACCAUCACCACGCUGCGGUAUGCGCAUCGCGCGAAAGCCAUAAAGAACAAGCCGGUGCGCAAUGAGGACCCGAAGGACGCCAAGCUUCGCGAGUACCAGGCGGAGAUCGAGCGCCUGCGCACUCUCAUCGAGACGCGGCGUGCGCAGGAAAGGCGCAAACGUGUGCCACGCCCUAAGCCGCAGGCGCGCACUCCACAAGCCAACAACGAACCCGAAGAAGAAACAGCGAGUAUCGAAAGUGAACACAUAUUAGCAGAAUCCACGAUAGAGCAAGAGAAAACAAAGACUGAAGUAUUAGAGCAUCAAAUCAAAUCGCUGGAAGAAAGGCUCGUCCAAGGCGGUGGGGGUAAAGACUUGAUAAACAACUUGAAUGAGAGCCAGAUAAUUCUGGAGCAGAGAAAUACGGAGAUCGCGGAGAGAAAAAAGAGAGAAGUGGAAAUGCAGCAGAAGAUCGACUUAGAAGAAGAAACCACCACCAUAGUUACAAACACAUUCGCGACGCUGCAGCAAGAGGUGGACCAUAAAACGCAAAGGUUAAAGAAGUGCCUGUCGAAGUACGCGUGCCUGCGCGAGGAAAUGGUGGAGCAACGCGAGGCGCACGACGCGGAGCGACGCGAGAACGAGGCUCUGCAGGCGGCGCUCAUUGCGGAGUUGCGCCGGCGCCUGCUCGUGGCCGACAGCUUUGUGCCCGAGGCCGGCCGCUCCACCGUGCUGCGCCUGCGCUACAACGACGACACGGACGCCUGGGAGCUGCCCGAGCACAGCGGGGCCGAGCCACUGUCGACACGGCCACUGGCGCACAGCGGCACGAGGCGGCCCACGUGCUCACUGGCGCUGCAUAGCGCGGAGCCGCGGCGUCGCUCGCACCACCUGCUGGACCUGCGCCCUGUGGCGCUUCCCAGCACGGCGCGCCGCCAUGUGCCGCCACCGCCCCCCGUCCGACCUAAGGCAAUAGAACCGGCCCCGGCGCCGGUUAAGAAGGAACUGCCCGCAGAGAACCGCCGCAUGAGCGCUCGCACGAGGGCGCCCUCCGCACACCACCGCCUCGGCACGGCCGGCGUGCGGUAGGCCUCCGCCUCGCCCGGCCCGCCGCGAGUCCGGAGCGACGCACACACUGAGAGGAAGCUUGACAGAUGACAAACGUGACGUGUUGAUCUGUCAUCACACGACAGAUCUACGAGUGACGUUUGUUGACAAAGUUAAACUAACUCACUUCGAAUGAACUUAGAGACAUUUGAGUUCUAACGAGCCCCACUUAAACGUUCAAGGUAUACCCAAACUUACCACAACGGCAUGUCGCUCUUGUUGGCUUCAGACGCCCGGGAAAUUCGUUGUUUACAUCCCGAAUGUCUACCAACAACACCAGCUGGGGCUCCCGCGCUAACGAAAAGGCAUCGGGUCAGCUUCAAACCCAAAUAUACAUAAAUAAAAACUCCAAAUGUCUCUGAGUAAUGAAAAGGAGCUUCGAGCAGAUAGAAUUUGGAUUUUCGAUCUCCCAGUCGAGGCAAAUAGGUCUCCGGUCGAAUUGUCCGAUCUAAACUUACAAACAUUCGAUAAAUAAUAAAUAUACUAUUUAGAUAAUUACUAACGACCCAACCUCUGCUUGCGUCCACAAACGACUGGCAUGUGAGAGCAAAGCAUCGUAAUGGUUGGCGUACACGGUGACAUGCCACGACGCGGCGUGCUACUGCGGUCGCGUACGCAUAUUUUGUAUGGACCAACGCACUAAGGACAAAAUAUUAUUGGAUAACAUUGAUGGAUAACAUAAACUGCAAGAACCGAUUAUCUCGUUGUUUGAAUUUUUAAGAAAAUUUUGAUUAAACUGCAAUAUUGUUUUUUUUUAUGUUGUUAAAUUACUUAUUUAUAUAGAAAAUAUUUGCCAAUUGCAAAACUAAUGGUUGUGCAUUAAAUCGUUUAUCGCAAUAUACCGAUGAAAUAAGCAAUGCGUUGCGUUGCGACCUGUCACCGUAUGCGCUCUCCCUAAUUGUAUCUAAUAAAUAAAAUAAGUAGAAUAAAUAAUAUCUUAAACCAUUACCUGUCCAUAGAAGAAAUAAUUUUACAGUGUUGUAAAUUAAAAGUGUUAACUUGCGAAGCGUAGAAGCCUGCUUUUGUCGGGAGACGAGAAAUCAACUAAAUUGCCUAUUUGUGUACUCUUAUACCAGCUACGAAUAGUGUAGUCAUUUGGUGUUUAAAAAGGGUUUACCUGAAAAAAGCCAGAGUUUUGAUAAUUUCUAUAUUUUUUGUUGUACGAUACAAAAUCUAUUGCGUUUUCUUUUCGAUUUUUCAAAACCUAUGAUGAAAAUAGUAAUACUAUUAACUUGAUUGUGUACUUUUCAAGAUUUGCGGAUAACAUUUCAGGUCUUACUACAAAAUGACUGCACUAUGACGCCCUUUUUGAAACUGCAAGUAAAUUAUUGUGCAAGUUGCACGACAUUCAUAAACAUUCGAAACUACAGAAUGAAGGAAAACAUCUUGAGGAAACCUGCAUUACUGAAAUGGCCGUAGUGGAGUACGGCCUAAACCCUUCUUCAGAUGGUUUUCUAUCAGAAAGGUACGAUAUUUCCUGUACGAGUUAUAAAAACUUAAGGGCAACACAAUAUCUACAUACAAUAUGUAAGAGUUAUUAAAAGCCUUUGUCCUCAUGGGCCACGAAUUCGUAUACCUGUGCGUCGGCGGCGGUGCUCUGGGCUAUACUUUAAUAGAAAACACGUGUUCGUGCGGCGCAAUGGAACAUCUCUCUGAAUAUGAUUUUGUAGUAAAAUCUCUUCAGCAUUUCUCUGAUUUUAAAACUUGCAGUUGCAAAACGGCCCUGUUGCCUGACGGUGUUAAAUUUCGGCACAUUCUGUAUGUAUUACGAUAUUUUUAUACGAAAUCGAGGUAAAAUGAUAUAAUUAAGUGCGAUCGCUUGUCACGCUUCGACAUAUUGUUAUUGGCUCGCUGAGUUCUGAUUCUCCGUAACAAAGUCAAAAUCAAAGUCAAACUCAAGGUCAAACAUUUCUUUAUUCAAAUUGGCAUACAGAUUGCUCUUUUGAUACCUGCAUUACAGAAAGUCUGUGUAAAUGGUAUUGAGAUUAUGGCGUUUACUACAGUGGUAAAUUUAACGCACUCGAAAACUGCUUUACGCUUCCAAUGCAGAUAAUCCGUGCCCGUUGUAGCCAGACUCCAAAUAUACGGCAUUGUGCAGAGUCACGCUUCGCUCAGUAUCGUUAAGUUAUAUUAUCUAAAUUAUAGAUGGUGUAUAAACAGGUGUAAAUAGUACCUGUACUCUAUGAUAUACAAUUAUAUAGCGGCUCUCCAGUGUGUGCGAAAUCCCGACCGGAAUACCGGCCGGAGCGUCGUAUUCGUUUAACAUAAGAACAGGAAAUGCCUUUUUUAUGCUUUACAUUUCUUUUGAAUUGUUUGUAUUUAUUUUUGUGUUAUUUGUUUCAUAUUUUUUUCAUUUUAAAAAUCGAAAUAAAAAGAAUGAUGAAUAAAAAAAUGAUGCACUUUGAAAACAUACUCAAAAUCCGGCAGUCUAGUACGCAGAUUCAGAUUUGACAUGAGUGUUUUAAUAAUAAUGGUCAACAGCGAAAAUACGGUUUGCGUCUUUGUUAUAAUAUUAUUCUAACAACAUCAUGCACACUUCCGCUAGUGUUUUUAAGCUCUAGCUCGGCUUCGGCUGUUCGGUAUUACGCACUCGUAUGGGGGAGCCGUAUAGGAGACGCACGCGAUGCGCGCACUUGAUCUCAAUAUAAUUAAAUCAGAGGUAUCCGUGACAAAUAAAUACUGUAUAACAUACCAGUGUUUUAAACAAUUGUACCAGUAUUUCUUUUUUAACAGUUGACACGGGAUACUGAUGAGCCUGUGCUAAAAUAUGUGAAACUGUUAAUAUGAAUACUAUUAAGGUCAACUGCAAAUUUAAGGUUCUGCGGUUCACGGGAGAAUACUACUACACUGUCAAAAACAGAUUUUAAAACGUGAUCUAAAUGUGUAUGUAAAAAAAAAACUACUUCAGAAGAAACUUAAUUACUGGCUUAUUGGUGCAAACUCGUUCUGUUUUUGCCCCGAUCGUGAUUAUAUUUGUGGUGACAAUUCUAGAAAUUUGUUCAAUGAGGUCACAAUUAUCACUAAUUGUGGAGGUGUUAAAAAACUGCUAAGAAAAACCUUUUUACGGGAGAAAUUUUAAGGCAUACCGACUGAUUAAUGUUUGUUUUUCCAUGGAAAUCGACCAAGCAACGGCGGAGUAAUCGGUGUAUAUAUUUACAAAUAAAAAUAUCGCAUCAUAUUUAAAACCUCUACUGUGUUUGGAAAUAUGUCAAAAUUGCCACUAUCGCGUCGAUCUGGACCCCAUUAUUUUAUAUAAAUGAUAAUUAUUAUGAAUCGUGCUGCAAAAUUUAUGCUAAAUGCCCGCGACCCGCGGAGUUCUACCUUUAUGAAUUUCUUAAUUUUAUUGAUGUUGGCAGUGUUUCUGUCCGAAUUUUUAUUUGGUUUAGUUUAUUUAAGUUGUCAUUUGUUUUGUAUGAAUUUAUAAUUAUAUUUUACCGUUGUUGUUUUUAGUAAAUUUUAUUUUAGCUUCAUUCGCCGCAAGAUUGAAGCGCGUGAUAUUAGAUAGUCUGUUGCGAGUGACCCCAACGCCCGCGGGGAGUCUGCUGUUGUUAUUCUAAUCUGUCACUGUCUACUUAACUUCAUACAAACCUGCUAAGUUGACAGAGUUGAUUGUCAGUGGAUAAUUGUCGUAGAAUGAUAGCGGCAAUGUGACUAUUGGUUGAAACAUCUAGAAGUAUCAUAAAUUGAGCCAAUUACAAUAAUUGCCGUAUUCUCAACGUGAUAAUCACAAAUAUCAGUCGACCCGCAGUUUUAUAAGACACUUGCAACUGCAGGCAACUGUCAUAAAAACUUAAGCCACGAAUUCAUCGUACGACCACUUCAGCAGUCAGUUAUUUACAAGUAUGCAGCUGUUUCGGAGAUUUUUCUGAAACAAUUGUAUCGAAGAGCUUUCUGGCCACUGUCGUAGCGGCCAUUUUACCGAUCAACCCAAUGUAAUGUUUAUGAUACGUGAUUUGGAUAUUUCAGAAAUAACAAAUAUUGUAUUAAACUAAUAUUUUGAAUCUGCAAUCUUUCAUAUAUUACCUAAGUACUCAAUAAAAACGCAACCUCGCAGGGCUUCGGACGCACGUGCGACUGUCGCGGUAUAAAGUCGAGUCCAAAUUGUGAUUCAAGUGUUCAAAUGUGUUACCAAAGAUGGAAACUGUCCAUUCCAAUAGUCGCAAGUGUUAAUGUUAGUACGUCGAGUUCAUGUUCCUGUACUUGUAUACUUCAUUAUUGGUAUUUGUUAUAUGUUUUUAUUUCCAAGACACGGUUUCUAGUCAAUGAUUCUUUACAAAUAAUCUGUAAAUAAAUGUUUUAUUGUAGGUAUUUAAAGGUAACUAGAAAUAGUGAAUAAGUAGGGCUUAUGUUCGCACAAUACCGCUCGAGAACCCAGAUAACAGCUCAUUUUGUUGUACACAACUAUAUUUAUCAGAAUGUCUAGUGUGAGAUUUUUUACCUAUGUAUCGUUCGCGUUAAAAGUACGUAUUGUAUGGAUUCCGAAACUGUUUCCCAAAAUCGUCGCUAGAUGGCACUCUUCCAAACUCCAUACAUUGUAGGAAACAUUCACACGAUCGAAAAGCCAUAUCGAAAAGAUAGACGUGAAAAAAAAUCACACACUAGGCACUCUUGACAACUCUUAAAGUGUUGCCUUCCUUUUCUCAAUGUUUUCCGUUGCAAACGACGGCAAUACUUUAAGUGCUGUCCAAUAAGUUGAGGAUUUACGUACAACUGGAUAGCACCAUUGCCCCCUGGUUAUAUAUUAAUAAAGUUAUUUAAAUUUCCAGAUUUUAUAUAUUUCAUUCGAUCAAAUGAAGAUAUGCUAUGUUUUUUUUUUUCAAAUUAACUUGGAAAAAAAUAUAUUGUAUCGAACAGGCUAAGUUUGUGUAAGAAUUAAUAUUUAUAAAUCGAUUGGCUUUAUGUGGAGUCGUUGUGGAGACAGUAAUCAUGUGAUAUGUAUUUUGGAAACCGCUAGUCAGCUGUGCCGCAUACACGCUUAUACUCACUAAAUAAACAUUUUUAAUUUUU